ACACACUUUAAUUCGACAUUUAAACCGAAAGAAUCUGAGAGUGAGUCAGGAAGAGAAGAAGAGACAGUGGUGAGUGAUGGAAGGAAGGCGAAUGAGAAGGUUUGGAAGGGGUGUACACAGUAACACUCGAUCUCACUCUCCCUCUCUUCUUCCCCUACACACCACACCCAACCACAACAUCUCCAACUCCAUUUCUUGUUGGUAUUGUGACUAUAAAAUCACUGCUCUCAAUCAACCCCUUUUCCGUUUUGGUCGAAGAUACGCCAGGGCUUUGAGAGUGUGGUUUUCCAUUGGGGUUGGUUUUAGCCUAACUGCACUGUUUGGUGUUACUAUGAUUCUCCUAUGGGAAUUAGGCAAAGCCCUGCAUCUUAUCCACCAAGACACAAAGCUUGGCAAUCUUUCUACUGCCUUACUGUUUGGUUUUUCCCCCACUGCGGUCUCUGGUUUUAGCAUGUCACUUGCUGAUGCUGGAUAUAUCUUUAUUUCUACUGUGAUUUCUGUAUCCGUGCAUGAAUUUGGGCAUGCCCUUGCUGCUGCAUGUGAGAGCAUACAGAUGGAGUACAUUGCGAUUUUUAUUGCAGCUUUAUUUCCUGGUGCUCUGGUAGCUUUCAAUUACGAGUUUCUGCAAGCAUUACCGCAGCUUACUGCCCUUCGUGUAUAUUGUGCUGGUGUGUGGCACAAUGCAGUGUGUUGUGUAGCUUGUGGAUUGGUGCUAUUCCUCUUGCCCAUGAUCUUGUUUCCCUUCUACAUAUAUGGUGAAAGCCCCAUGGUUUUGGAUGUAUCUUCUACAUCACCUUUGUCUAGGUAUUUGUCUCCUGGGGAUCUUAUUAUGUCACUAGAUGGUGUUCGCAUCCAUAAUUCACAAGAGUGGAUGGAGAUGACUUCUUUGAUAGAUAAAAUGGCACUUCAAAGUACAAACCAUUCCAAAUAUGAUGAAGGCUUUGGGAGAGUCAAUGGCAUAAAAGGAUAUUGUGUCCCCAAUAUUAUGAUAGAAGAUAACCAGAAGAUUCAAUCAGUAGGCAACUAUUCUGCUUGUGCUGAGGAUCUUACUGCCUUUGAAACCAUUCCCUGUCAUGAUAUGAGAAUGUCAAAUAUUGGUGGUGGUGAAGAUGGUCAUCCAAAGAGAAGAGAGAAUACUUACUGCUUGGAUGCUAAGGACAUUGUCAAGCUUAAUAAAUGUGGUGAUGGAUGGGAAAUAAUAACUAAUGGAAGCAGCUGCAUAUGUUCACUGGAUGAGUCUUGCUUGAGUCCACUUCAGAUGCCGGGUUUGAGCUGGGUUGAGAUCACAUUCUCAAGAUCCCUUUCUGCAGAGUGCUUGCAACUUGGAAGAAAUUCAUUUUCAGAUUCCAAGACUUCUGAUCUUAUAGAAUCCAAUUGUCGUGGGAGUUUUGUUUUUGUUGGUGAUGUAAUAUCCAUGGCUCGUUCAGUUCGUUUAACCGCUUAUCAACCUCGUUGGGCAUUUCAUAUUGGUAGAGAUCUUCCAGAUGUGCUGGAAAGGGUUCUGAUGUGCACAUUCCAUGUCUCUGUAACACUAGCUCUUCUCAAUAGCUUGCCAGUCUACUUUCUGGAUGGAGAAUCUCUUCUUGAGGUGGCCCUGUGCCAUUUCACUUCACUCAGCUCAAGGAAGAGAGAAAAGGUUCUUAAAGUAUGUCUUUUGGGAGGGACUCUGAUUUCUAUCCUUGUCUUUGUGAGAAUCUUCUUCAGUUUUAUGUAAGCCAAAGGUAAAAUGUAUGUUUUGCUUUUUUCUCAAAAUUAAAUGUCACCUCAUUAGCUUUACUGUU